AUGCCCACAGCCUCCCCCCAGCAGCUCCACCCCUCACAUAUGCGGGCUCUGCUGGCAGCCCAGCCCCACACAUCCUCCCAGUCUCUGCUGCACCACUGGGCCUCCCAGCAGUCAAUUUACAGAGGUAGAGCAGACACCCUCCUGCCUGUGUCUUGGGACAGACAGAUAAACGGCAGGUGGUUCCCGCAGAAAGGGGCAGGGGAAAAGGUGCGAAAGCGGCGUGGGAGUGCAGGUGAUGUCCUAGCAUUGCCCAUUUUUAAGCAAGAAGAGUCACGUUUGCUUCCAGAUAAUGAGAAUAAAACCCUCCCUUUUCAAUACGUGCUUUGUGCUGCCACCUCUCCAGCAGUAAGACUCCAUGAUGAAACCCUGACAUAUCUCAAUCAAGGCCAGUCUUAUGAAAUCCGAAUGCUAGACAAUAGGAAACCUGGAGAACUUCCAGAAAUUAAUGGCAGGCUGGUGAAGAGUAUAUUCCAUGUCGUGUUCCAUGACAGACGGCUACAAUACACUGAACAUCAGCAGCUGGAGGGCUGGAGGUGGAACCGACCUGGAGAUAGAAUUCUUGACGUAGAUAUCCCAAUGUCUGUGGGUAUAAUCGAUCCUAGGGCUAAUCCAAAGCAACGAAAUACAGUGGAGUUCCUGUGGGACCCUGCAAAGAGGACAUCUGUGCUUAUUCAGGUGCAUUAUAUUAGCACAGAGUUCACUGUGGGGAAACAUGGUGGAGCGAAGGGAGUGCCAUUUAGAGUACAAAUCGAUACCUUCAAGGAGAACGAGAACGGAGCACUUACUGAGCACUUACGCUCAGCCAGCUGCCAGAUCAAAGUCUUCAAGCCCAAAGGUGCAGACAGAAAACAAAAAAUAGGGCUUCCCUGGUGGCGCAGUGGUUGAGAGUCCGCCUGCCGAUGCAGAGGACACAGGUUCGUGCCCCGGUCCGGGAAGAUCCCACAUGCCGCGGAGCGGCUAGGCCCGUGAGCCAUGGCCGCUGAGCCUGUGCGUCCGGAGCCUGUGCUCCGCAACGGGAGAGGCCACAACAGUGAGAGGCCCGCGUACCACAAAAAAAAAUAAAAAUAAAAAUAAAUAGGGAGAAAAUGGAGAGACGAAUGCCUCAUGAGAAGCAGAAAUAUCAACCUUCCUAUGAGACAACUAUACUCACAAAGUGCUCUCCAUGGCCCGAGAUUAUGUAUGUCAGUCAUUCCCCAUCACCUGGCUUCAGCAGUUCCCAUAGCAGUCUUUCUCUUGGGGAAGGAAAUGGUUCACCAAGUCUCCAGCCAGAGCUGCCCCCUCCAGUCACAGAUAACCUCUUGCCGACAACCACACCUCAGGAGGCUCAGCAGGGGUUGCAUCAAAACCCUUUUUCCACAUUCACGAGACUUUUUACAAACUUCACAGGGGCAGAUUUAUUGAAACUAACUAGAGAUGAUGUGAUUCAAAUCUGUG